AUGUUUUUUAAAAAAAAUAAAAAGUCAAAGACUACACCAUUCAGAUCAGAACCACCUUUACCUGAAUUGGGCUCUUAUUCUGAUACAAAGGAGUUUUGGAAGCAAUCAUAUAAGAACUAUGAGAACAGUAUGAAGAUGUUAAUGUUUGCAUCUGAAGAAGAGCCCUGGGAACUUUCUCAAAGGUAUUUUUCCUCGACAUAUGUUCCAAGAGAUACAAAAGGAUACUUGAUUGCGGACCCAGAUAGAAGUAAUCCAACAAGAAGCAGAACAGAACGCCCUUUACAGACAAUUAUGGGGUUUGAAGAAGCUAUUUAUAGAAGCACAUUUGGUAACUCUCCAAGUAACAAUUCCUAUACACGGAACAGUUAUGAAAACAAUAAAAUAAUGCGUAAUUGUUCUAUGUCCAGCACUAAUACAUCUACAUAUAACUCUAUGUUUCAUGAUAAUAUCUAUGCUCCGGAAAUGGACUAUAGACAAUCUAUAUCUACAGAUACAGACAGUAUAUACAAAGGAUUUAAUAGUAGUGACGGAUAUUCUCGAUAUCAGGAUAAUUAUGAUAAAUUUCAUUCAAGUACGUCAAGCUCAAACUAUACAAAUACGUGUGAUAGUAGCUUUGAAAAUAAUUAUCAUUCAAAUAGUAAAUAUUAUCCAUCCCCUAUCAUACAUAACCUUACAUACUCAUUAAAUGAUAAAUACAAAAAUUCUUAUGAUGAAUAUAAUCAAUAUGGAGAUAUUCAUUCAGUUACUUCAGAUGAUUUAGUGGAUAUAAAAACUUUUAGAUCUCCUAAAAAUGAAAUUCAAAGAUUCUUUUCAACAAAAAUUGGUCCUAAACAUAAAAAUAAAUAA